GCGAUUUCACUUGUUUAUUUUAUGAACAUAACCUCAAAAUGCACAUUAGAAUCAGAAACGUUAUUUGUAAUUGCAAUUUCACUGUAUUAAAAUUCAAGAUAAAUUCUCAGUUAAAACUCAUCUCGAAAGAAUGUAGCACACUGGUUAAGUUGGAGGAUUUGCAAUCGAGGUACUCCGAUGUGGACCAAGAACUUAUUCUCACAACUCUGAACACUGCAACGCCCGAACAUCUUUCACAACUGAGUGUCUCUCAGACGAGAAUAAAAACCUUGAAAAAUUGGCAGUCUGAACGGGGUCCGUUCAAAUCUCUCGCCGAUCUACUCAAAGUUCAAGGUUUUUGUCUUAAAACACUCGACAGGAUUUGCGCAAGUAUAGUCGCACGACGGCCACAAGAUGAAGUCUCGCACGUACCGUCGAAAGGUCGACGACAGUUUGUGAUCCCCCCGUUAAGUAAGCAGCACACUCAGAACUUCAGUAAAGCGGUGGGCUUAUAUCUCGGUCCGGUCGGCGUGAGCUGGGCGAGUUUGACCAAGAGUAACGAGUUACACGAGUGGGGCCAUUUUAAAUUUGCCGAAGUUACCAAGAAAAUGUUGCCGACGGAAACUUUCAGUUUGGCGCAAACAAUUUUGAAGAAGCUCCCUGUAGGCGAUAUGUACGUGUUCGAGGCCCCCAUGUACAUCGUUACACCCUUGGAUAACAAACAAACGAUGGUGCGUAAUGAGCAUUUAGAAUUGCUGUCGAUGUUACUGGCGCUCUUAAAUACGAGCGGGAAGCACAAUGCGCAACUAACCGAGGAGCUCGCCCCUAAUUGUGUAUAUUACUUACGUUCGAAUCUUUCCGCAAGAUUGUUCCGUACUUUGAUGGGUACCGAACGGGUGUCCACGACACCCGCCAUUAACUGUCUCUUGGACAUACUUCCCACGAGUCUUCCCAUGCCGAACAUCUCUGUGAGGAUUUUAAACGAACUGAAAGAGAGGUAUUUAGCUCAGAGCGCUAUUAAUCGAGAACUGUUGGGGCAGGCGUUAUUGCUUAUAGUUACAUUUAUGGAAAUUUGUGUACAUAAGAAUGUAGAGAGUUUGGCGGCAGUCACGCAGGGAAAAAGAAAAGUAAUAACAAAUCAAAGUUAAUCGAAGCAUUUUCAUUUCUACUUACGUACAUACAUUAAACCAAUCAAAGUUUCCCAUUGUUUCUUAAAAAGGGAAUUGUUGGCUCUACAGUCGAGAUAUUAAGUAUAUGUUCCGAUCUUGAUCCGGUUGAUUGAAAUAAUAAUAAUCAUAUUUAUUAUACCAUUAUUUGUGUGGGUACCCUUACGGUCGGUCAUUAAAAAAAAUAUUACAAACAAAUUACGAAGGUACAUUUAGAGACUAACAAA